AGUUGCCACCCACCACCGCCCAAACUCCUCUAUAUAAUUCAAGCUAUCCUCUUCUACUUCUACAUAUAGUUUUAUAUAUCUUCCUUUCAGAAAUGGACGGCCGGCGGAGUCGGGUCAAUGUCCACUCUAUUUUAACGUCAGUGUCCAGCAGGCCCUUCGGGUCUUUCAAGACUUGCCCGAUAACCCAGUUGGGCCACGCCAUGGGUCGCCACACCGUCCACGUCAUCUUCUACUAUGAGAAAAGCCCAUUUGGGUCGUUUGACGUGGACCCCCUGAGGGAGUCUUUAUCGGAGGUUCUGUCGCUCUAUCCGCUUGUUACGGGUCGGUUGAACCGAGAUGAGGCGGGCAAUUGGGAGGUUAAGUGUAAUGAUGCGGGUGUUCGGAUUUUAAGGGCUAGAGUUGAUGUCACACUUAAUGAAUGGCUGAGAUCUGCUGAUGGGUUGGAAGAAAGAGAUCUAUCGGUGUGGGAGGAUAUGCCUGAGUCUCCCAGUACGUGGUCCCCUUUCCGGGUUCAGAUUAAUGAUUUUGAAGGAGGAGGUUUAGCCAUUGGACUAAGCUGCACCCAUAUGCAUGCAGACCCAACCAGCCUUAUCCUCCUCUCAAAAGCAUGGUCGGAGGCCAACUGCCGUCAACCCAUUGCCUAUCUGCCCACCUUUCGCCUACCUAACCCAAAACCUCCGCCUACAAACACUAAAACCAAAACUACCAGUUACUUGGCAGCCAAAUCCAAGACACAUUCCCCAUCACUGAAAAUGGCUACAGCCACUUUCAGGUUUUCUGAUUCUGCCAUCAAGCAAUACUUAUCAAGAAACCACGGCAAGUGUCCAGAUGCCACCCCAUUUGAUCUGCUAGCAGCUUUAUUUUGGACGCGGGUUGUGCACUUGAAGGGUCCUAAAAAUGAUCCUACACAUUCCCUCUCAGUCUGUGUAGACUUCAGAAGGCUACUGCAAGAACCACUUCCUUAUGGGUACUUUGGCAAUGCUUUGCAUUUUUCAGUUGUGUCAGUAAGUGCACAAGAAAUGGAAUGUGGGGACAUAGGAAGCAUGGCAGAGUUGGUGCAUUGCCAUGUGUCAGGACUGAAAGAGGAAGAGUUUUGGUCGGCUUUGCAUUGGCUUGAAUCACAGAAGGAAGGAGGUAAGUAUGCAGUGCCAUUUUCUAUGUAUGGCCCUGAACUCACCUGUGUUAGCAUGGAACACAUGAUUGUUGAAGAUCAAUCUUUGAUGUACUCACAGAUAUUUGACAGUGGGAAGCCUGUGCAUGUAUCCUGUCAUGUGGGGAAUGUGGAAGGCGAAGGGUUGAUACUAGUGAUGCCUUCGGCAGAAGGAUUUGCACGAACAGUGAUGGUGACAUUGCCAGAGGAAGAGAUUUCCAAGUUAUGUAAGGAUCAAGCUAUCUUGUGCCUAGAGCCAGAAGUCCUCUUUUGUGGAAAACCAUAAGACUAUUCGCUUUCAGCUUGUGAAUGCAAGAGAAGGUUAGUUUCAACCUUCUGCAAUAUAAAUAAAUUAAGCUUCACUCAA